CCGUUACGCACUCACCUCGCGUUCACAUACCCAGGGAGGGCAGUAGAAAGGUGAUCAAUCUUCAUCAGGCUACAUUUCCAAUCACCUAAACAACCGAGCAAGACAAGCUACUCCGACAAGGUUGGCUGCCCCGCGGGUCGGUGAGGGUGCGAGGUAGAUGGUGAGCAGCCGCGGCAGCUGAGGGCAGCCCCUCGCCUGGACCCUAUUGUCCGCCACCAGGACCCGCAGAAAGAAGAACCGGCUUUGAGUUGGUGCAGACAGGCCUGAGGUCCGGGAUGGGCACCUUUAACCUAGGGCCGCGUCUUAGAACCUCCUUGCUACAGAGGCCCCGUCUGCGUCUUCUGACCGCUUCUGCGGCGCCUGGGCCCGUAACUGAGGUUGGAGCGUAGUGAAGUUUCGGGCCGAGUCCACAUACGAAACAGCUUGAAGGACUGAGCGGUGGGAGCCCCGCACUGCGCCAGGCCCCCUGGAUCCGUCGGGGCGCCUCCAUACGGCUGUUAGCAUGAUGUCUUACCUCAAACAACCCCCAUAUGGCAUGAAUGGGCUGGGCCUUGCCGGGCCCACCAUGGACCUCCUGCAUCCCUCCGUGGGCUAUCCUGCCACCCCGCGGAAGCAGAGGCGGGAGCGCACCACCUUCACGCGCUCGCAGCUGGACGUGCUCGAGGCGCUGUUUGCCAAGACUCGCUACCCUGACAUUUUCAUGCGCGAGGAGGUGGCGCUCAAGAUCAACCUGCCGGAGUCCAGAGUCCAGGUCUGGUUCAAGAACCGUCGUGCCAAAUGUCGCCAGCAGCAGCAGAGCGGGAGCGGGACCAAGAGUCGCCCAGCCAAGAAGAAGUCGUCCCCGGUGCGGGAGAGCUCGGGUUCGGAAAGCAGCGGCCAGUUCACACCGCCCGCUGUGUCCAGCUCCGCCUCGUCCUCUAGCUCGGCUUCUAGCGCUUCCGCCAACCCAGCGGCUGCAGCGGCUGCAGGCCUGGGUGGGAAUCCGGCAGUGGCGGUGCCGUCGUCGUUGAGUACGCCCGCUGCCUCAUCCAUCUGGAGUCCUGCGUCCAUCUCCCCCGGCUCAGCUCCCGCGUCUGUGUCGGUGCCUGAGCCACUGGCCGCGCCUAGUAACGCAUCGUGUAUGCAGCGCUCGGUAGCCGCAGGCCCGGCCUCGGCCGCAGCCUCUUACCCCAUGUCCUACGGCCAGGGCGGCAGCUACGGCCAGGGCUACCCCACACCCUCCUCUUCCUACUUUGGCGGAGUGGACUGCAGCUCCUAUCUAGCGCCCAUGCACUCGCACCACCACCCACACCAGCUCAGCCCGAUGGCACCCUCCUCCAUGGCGGGCCACCAUCACCACCAUCCCCACGCGCACCACCCACUGAGCCAGUCCUCAGGCCACCACCACCAUCAUCACCACCACCAGGGCUACGGCAGCUCGGGGCUCGCCUUCAACUCUGCCGACUGCUUGGAUUACAAGGAGCCUGGCGCCGCCGCCGCUGCUUCCUCGGCCUGGAAACUCAACUUCAACUCGCCCGACUGUCUGGACUAUAAAGACCAAGCCUCAUGGCGGUUCCAGGUAUUGUGAGCCCAGGAGAGGGAGAGGAAGAGAAAUGAAACUACCUACGCCCUCCUUGGUUCCCGUCCUGUUGCUGCUGCACCGCCCGCCUUUGCCUCAGCUUCUCUAGACAUGAUUUUCAUGCCCCCAAACGAUGCCCGUUGCCUGCACUGCCGCUCUCAUCUUUGUACCAUUUGCUUGGGGCGGGGAGGGGGGUGUGCAAACCCGCCCACCCCUCGGAUGAGCGGACUGGUGCUUUGGCCUGUUCCCACAAGUUGUAUACGGGAGAGCUGCGCCUCUCCCUCUCAGCCCCUGACGAACUUCUAAGUCAUCCCUUCCCAGUCAUUCUGGACAGUUAGUAUGCACUUGCAGCCUUCGGAGUUCUUCGCUCUGACUAGCUGUUUGAGCCCUACACUUUUAUUUAUUCUUUCUGGACUCUGGAGUCACUAACUGGCAUGUGUCUGACCACUGUAGUGCACCCACACUGCUCCCAACCACCCACCAAGUGUUCCUCCCGUGCGGGCUGCCGUCCCUUCCUCUGCCCCCGGCCCGGCUUCCCGCCUGCAGGCCAGAGCUUUCCCGCUUCUCCUCCUUCCCAGCAGGACGGGCUGGCGCCGGGCGGUAGGGAGGGGCGCCCCCCGGCUUCUCACGCUCAGCCCCGCCCUGCGUAGAACUGGCUCAAGCUUCCGCCUGUGUGGGAAUGCUGUACAUAGUGGGGUCCGUCCCAGCGACCACUUACACUUUUUAGUUGCUGUUGGUUGAAUGGAGCAUAUCGUUUUAGCGCCCAGGAAAUAGAACUUUAAGAUAUAUACAGAUAUAUACACACAUAUAUAUAUAAAACAAAAGCAAAAAUAUAUCCCUCUGUCCCCCUGAAACGAUGGCGCUUUAAUUUUUCAGUUGUUGCAAAGCUGCCCUGCCCUCACACUUGUUUCCUAUGUGUAUUUAUUAAAGAGAACCGUUUGGUUUCAGGAAGCCGGGCGCAGAGGACCGGAGGAUCUGGGAGUGUGGAGGAAGCAGCCGGGUCAGGCUGCAGGGAAGGGGGCUUAGGCUGGGCUGGGGCGCAGGGCUGAGUCCACCAGGUCUAAGCACAGGGUCGCAGUUCCGCUUUAGAGACCAAAAACGAAAGAAAAAAAAUGAAAAUGCAGCAUUAUGGGAAAACAAACCCAGGCCCCAAACCCCAGUUCCCAUUCCUGUCAGCUUCUCUCUCUUUAAGCACCCCCCGCCCCGUUUUGUCUAGUGAGUUCUUAGUGCACCUUCAUUCUCUUAAAUCUGCGGAGAGCCCGCGCCUGUGUAUCAGUUUUGGCUUUGGCCAUUUCGUCCAGUAGGUGGGAAAGUAAUCCGUAAAUUUAAUUUGUCCGAUGUGAAGAUCACAAAUUACUUGUUGAAAUGUAAGGCAGCCCCCUCCCUCCCCUUAUCUACAUUAUUUCCCGAAAAAAUAAAUGC